GCGGUCAGUCCGGGUUCGGACACCGUAAGGGAAGCAUUGUGGGAAGGUUCAGGGCGGCUUUGGUUGUGACACCUGGGAACAAACUGACAGAGAGGAUACUUGUUUUGUUUUUGUUUGCUUUGUUUGAUAAGGAAAGAACCUAAAGGUGCGAGACAGCAAAGCCCUGCAAGACAGGAUUUCAGUGAUAAGAGCUACUACCAGAGCAAAGGAAUCCCAACAUCGUGUGAUUGCUGAGAUCGGACAUUACGUGACAGAAGAAGCCGGGCAGCAGUGCUUAAGUCUGGUUGUCAAGAGUGACAACUGUGCUUCUUGUUGCUUUGUAAUCCAUACUCAGAGGUUUUGAACCCGAAGAUGCCGCUCGCUCAGCUGGCGGAUCUCUGGCCCAAUGUGGAACUUGUACCUGAGGACACGGAGAAUGGGCAUGUCACAGCAGAAGACGGCUUAAAGUAUGCAGCUAAGGAUGAGGUUGUAGUGAAAGAGUUUGCUAUCACCCAUCAUGUGAAAGAAGGCUCUGAAAAGGCUGAUCAGUCACAUUUUGUCCUCCUUAAAGUGCUUGGACAGGGGUCCUUUGGUAAGGUUUUCCUUGUCCGUAAAAUCACUCCCCCUGACAAUAACCAUCUUUAUGCCAUGAAAGUGCUGAAGAAGGCCACUCUGAAAGUGCGAGAUCGUGUCAGAACUAAGAUGGAGCGCGAUAUCUUAGCAGACGUGAAUCAUCCGUUUGUGGUCAAGCUACACUACGCCUUUCAGACAGAGGGGAAACUUUACCUUAUUCUGGAUUUUCUGCGAGGUGGAGACCUUUUUACUCGCCUUUCCAAAGAGGUUAUGUUCACAGAGGAGGAUGUUAAGUUUUAUCUGGCUGAGCUUGCUUUAGGCCUGGAUCACUUGCAUAGCCUGGGGAUCAUCUAUCGUGACCUUAAACCUGAGAACAUUCUUCUGGAUGAAGAAGGUCAUAUCAAACUGACUGAUUUUGGUCUCAGUAAGGAGUCUAUAGACCAUGAGAAAAAGGCUUACUCAUUCUGUGGCACAGUGGAAUACAUGGCUCCGGAGGUGGUCAACAGGCAAGGCCAUACGCACAGUGCAGACUGGUGGUCUUACGGCGUGCUCAUGUUUGAAAUGCUGACAGGGUCCUUGCCUUUCCAGGGUAAAGAUCGCAAGGAAACUAUGACUCUUAUCUUGAAGGCCAAGUUGGGAAUGCCUCAGUUUCUAAGCAGUGAAGCCCAGAGUUUGCUGCGUGCCCUUUUCAAGAGAAAUCCCACUAACAGGCUAGGUUCAGCCAUGGAUGGGGCAGAUGAGAUUAAACGUCACCCCUUCUUUGCCACUAUUGACUGGAAUAAACUAUAUCGUCGAGAGCUUAGUCCUCCUUUCAAGCCAGCCGUCACUCAGCCAGAUGACACAUACUACUUUGACACAGAAUUUACGUCACGUACACCUAAAGACUCUCCCGGUAUCCCCCCGAGUGCAGGAGCCCACCAGCUUUUUCGUGGAUUUAGCUUUGUUGCUCCAUCCUUAGGAGAAGAGGAAAGAAAGGCCACAAUUGUGCCUCCAGUACUAACUGUUCCAAAGCUUCACAAUAAGACCACUCAGUUCAGUGAUGUCUAUACGGUACGUGAGAACAUUGGUGCUGGCUCAUACUCUGUUUGCAAGCGCUGUGUACACAAGGGAACCAAUAUGGACUAUGCAGUAAAGGUGAUUGACAAGACUAAAAGAGAUCCAUCCGAAGAGAUAGAGAUCUUACGAAGAUAUGGGCAGCAUCCCAACAUCAUAACGCUAAAGGAUGUAUUUCAGGAAGGGAACAGCGUGUAUCUGGUGACAGAACUGAUGAGAGGUGGGGAGUUACUGGACAGGAUCCUGCGUCAGAAAUUCUUUUCUGAGCGAGAGGCCAGUGCUGUCCUUCUGACAAUCUGCAAGACUGUGGAGUACCUGCACUCUCAGGGGGUUGUGCAUCGAGAUCUCAAGCCCAGUAACAUACUUUAUGUGGAUGAAUCUGGAAACCCAGAGUCCAUAAGAAUUUGUGAUUUUGGGUUUGCCAAACAACUGAGGGCAGAGAAUGGAUUGCUCAUGACCCCAUGCUACACUGCCAACUUUGUAGCUCCAGAGGUUUUGAAGCGUCAAGGAUAUGACGAGGGCUGUGAUAUCUGGAGCUUGGGCAUCCUUCUGUACACUAUGCUGGCAGGAUACACCCCAUUUGCAAAUGGCCCUGAGGACACCCCUGAUGAGAUUCUAGCUCGGAUUGGUGGUGGAACGUUUACGCUUAGAGGGGGAAAUUGGAACACAGUUUCUGAUGCUGCAAAGGAUCUUGUUAGCCGAAUGCUGCAUGUGGACCCUCAUCGGCGGCUCACAGCCCGUCAAGUUCUACAACAUGAGUGGAUCACAAAGAGAGAUCUUUUACCUCAAAGUCAACUCAGCCGACAGGAUGCCCAUCUAGUUAAGGGGGCCAUGGCUGCCACAUACUCCGCCUUAAACAGCUCCAAACCAACUCCUCAACUCCAGCCAAUCAAAUCAUCCAUCCUUGCACAGAGGAGGGUCAAGAAACUUCCCUCAACUACACUUUAGCAAGUGUCCUACUCUUCGCUGGGGAACUGUAUCCCCUCUGCACACAAACUGAUGAUGGGACCUUGCCAUGGUGAGACAUCCUCUCACCUACCUAUUGCCCUGUUCCUGUGACCACACAAGACUGUGAGCAACUUUAUUAUGGUUUGCAAGGAUUAUACCAAACUCUGUAUCUGACCCAUGUGCCUCACAGGGUGAGCAGAGACACCAAAAGGGUUUAAGGGUUCUUUUGUUUUUUUUGGCAGAAUAUAAUGAAACCAAGCAAAUCUGAAUGUAUCCUUCCUGGGGAAAGCUGCCCCUUACAAAGUGCUCAGAAUGAUUUCCUCUUGUGACUCUCCACUCCAACGCUUGCCUAUGUACAUUGAUCUCAGGGUUGUUUACCUGUCCCUCUGUGACAGAAGGGGGAACAUCUUUAACACAAUCGUGAAACAAAGGGAAACAAUUAUGAUUCUUAAUUAACCUCUGCGCUAAUUCAGCAUUCAUCUUUUAGAAUCAUUUUGGACAGGUCCUGGGUUUUAUUGUGUACCUAUUGUUUUUCUCUGUGUACAUAUUCUUUCUAAUAUAUGCACACUUUCAUACAAAUGUCUAGUCUUGCGUGCCUCCCCACCCCUUCAUUUGGUACAUUGCCUGUUUGAUGUCUUUAUACAACCAAGGGCUGCCAUACUCACUGUGAGCGACAUAAAGUGUCCAGAGAGCACUUGGCUUACGGCAACCAGAGACUCUGCACAGACAGCUCUUGAUUACUCCUCUUUCCUUUCCAGAGGUGCUCAGCUGGAAAGAAUAUGAGACUGUGGUGGUCUCAAGAAAUCCAACUUUUACUGUAAUAAGAAUAAAAGCUGUUAAUCCAGAGUGGUUUGUUUUGUGAGCUGUGAAUCUCCCAACAGCAUUCAUGUUUCUAAUAAAUGGUAAUGUGUGCAAUGGUGCAAGGUA